AUGGAUUCCAACUCCAACGCUUCGGGAAGUGCGCCGACCGCCUCCUCUUCUUACUCCCAACAGUCGCCCAGCUCGACGAGCAUCCCCGUGCCCGCCCCCUCGCAGGCUAAGGCUCCGUCAACUGACCCCUUCCUCAAGGACUUUACCCUUGUUGCGGAGGCAGCAAAGCGGGCACAGGUCGCAGUCAUGGUACGCGACUUCGAGGAGUGUGGCUUCUUCUAA